AUGGACGUCCCAGAUAAUCAAAUAUUAGGAAUGGAGAAAAAACAUAAACUGUGCUUUAGAAGCAUUCAAGACAUGAUACCAGCUCGUGCGGUAUUAUAUUUAAUGUCAUUCAGUGGAUUCUUGGUCAGUUUCAUGAUGCGCACUGAUAUCAAUAUUGCCAUGGUAGCAAUGGCCAAAAUGAGAUUACGGUCUGAAAACUCAUCGAAUUUAACCGAACUUUAUUGUUACACAUCGGUUACAAAUGGCACACAAUCAUUUGAAGAUCAAAAACCCAUGGAAGAGGGCGAAUUUGAUUGGGAUUCAACAGUGCAAUCUGCAAUCCUUGGUUCAUUUUAUUGGUGUUAUAUAUUGUCUCAAGUAGUCGGCGGUGUCUUAACACAACGUUUUGGAACAAAAACAGUUUUUGGAUUCUCACAAUUAACAACAGCAAUUGCUUCAUUACUCAUACCUCAGGCAGCUUCAUUGCAUUUCUCAGCAGUCAUAGCAUUGCGAUCACUUCAAGGAAUGGCAUCAGGACUUACUUGGCCCGCAAUGUAUGCACUUGUUGGUAUAUGGAUUCCAUCCAAUGAGAGAACCAGGUUCAUGUCAUCAUUCCAAGGGUUUAGUUUCGGGAUUGGACUGACGUACAUGGUAUGCGGCUUCAUUAUUGGCAACUAUGGAUGGCGAGUGGUGUUUUACAUGAACGGUUCAUUGGGUGUCGCAUGGUGCUUGCUAUGGUGGUUGCUAGCUUUUGAUCUACCUCACAAACAUCCAAGAAUAACUAGACGUGAACUGAAUUAUAUCAAUGCCAACAUCGGAGAAAAUAUCAUAAACACAAAAGAUUUAAAAGUCCCAUGGUGUUCUAUUAUGACAUCCAUUCCAGCAUGGUCUAUUGGUAUAACAACAUUUGGUCGGAUAUGGGUCCAUUAUACAUUCAUAAUAUACGGUCCAUCUUACAUGAAGACAAUAUUAGGAUUCAGUAUACAAAAGAAUGGAUUUAUGAAUGGAGCUCCAUUUUUGUGCAGUUACCUUUCUUCUGUUGUGUUCUGUUAUGCAGCUGACUUCAUUAUAGCUCGUAAUCUUAUGAGCUUGACUAAUGUCCGUAAAAUGUUUACAGCUAUAUCUCAAGUCAUUCCAGGCCUAUUAGUACUGACCAUAGGUUAUUUGGGUUGUCAGAUCACAUUGAUUUUGGUCAUUUGGUUUGUAGCAGUUACACUGAUAACUGCUUCAUAUGCUGGAGCAAUGGCAAAUGUAGUUGAUAUUGCGCCAAACUUUGCCGGACAUAUAUUAGCAUUUGCACAAACUAUACAUAUGUCUGCAAGUUUUUUGUCUCCCCUUGCGGCAGCCAUUAUGCUCCAAGACAAUCCAACUUUGGAGAGAUGGCGUAGAAUAUUUGCUGUGACUGCUUGUGUGGCGUGUGGAACUUAUGUAAUGUACCAGUUUGGUGGUACUGCAAAAGAACAAGUCUGGAACAAUCCAAAUCGUAAAAACAAUUCAGGUUCUGUUCGUGUUUCACCUGAAAAUAAUCAGCUUAUUGUCAAUAAUAAAACUGAUCCAGAAAGAGGAGAUGGAUAG